GACAGUGACGGUGGGUGGGCUGGGCUGUAUGUGGCCAGCCCACCAGUCCAGGAAGAAGCCGCUGCCGCACAGCUGACAGUGACAGGCAGGGGCAGCUCUGUGUCGGCGCUGCUCUGUGGAUGACGCCGCAUCCGGUACACGUGACAGGAAGAUUGGCACGGCACGGCGGCGGUUGGCGGUACUGUCCAGAGGACGACGUCACUUCCGUCAGACGUCACCGGAAGUGCGGCGGAGUCCAGGACCAGCGUGCGGCAGCGGGCAGGUGUAGGCGGGAGUUUUUGCAGCGUAUAUGGUUACUAUGGUGAUGGGGGAGCACAUGGAUGACGUCACUAUUGAUAAAAGCGCCGCUGGGCGGGUGUUUGUCCCGUUUCCGGAGUGACGGCGCCACACACCUGGUGAGGUCUCUAUUUAUUGUGUUGCUUAACUUCUGCCGACCCUGUGAUAAAAACUCAUUCCUUCUGAAACGAGACCUGACUCAGCGUGUCUUCAAGUGUUCCCACAAUUCUCACCUCUCUGCACUGGAGUGAAGUGACCGAAGCGGAUCUCAAGUUGUGACACGCCGCCGGCCAAUGAGAGGGGACUGUGGGUGUGUUAGGACACUUGUCCACUGACUGCAGCAAUGAAGUUUAUCACUUCAUGUUCGUCCUCAGUGCAGGGCAACAGACACCCUAACGUGUGAACAUGGCUUCUUUCAUCAAACUCUGUCCCUUCUAUAGCCGGGACCCCUCUGUGUUCCUGCGGGUAGCCCGCCCCGUGAUCCUGCGCAGUGCAGCGCGCUGCCCAGUCCUGGUGGCUCGCACUGUGGCUACUUCUGCAGGUACUCAGCAGAGGGUCAAGGACUCACCCCCACCCACUGGAGUCUCCUCUGGAGCCUCCAACAGGCGCACCCUGGCUCAGGCAGCCCCACAGGCCGCCACUGUCAACGCCAAGUGUCCUUUUAUCGAGCAGGAGAUGGAGAAGGAGGAUAGCGCUAUAGUCCACAAAGCUGGAUCUGAGAUGCAGGAGGAUCUGAAAGCUUUCAAUACAGACGUUCUCAGCUCUCUGUUGUUUGAUGUCCAGUCCAGCCUGAAGAAGAAGUUCUUUGGUUCUCCACCUAAAAAAGUGAACCUGGGAACAGGGGCUCCUCUCAUUCCAUCUCAUCUGAUUAAAGAAAACAUGACAGGUGGAGCUGCCUUCGGUUACGAUGAGUACUUCAACCGGAGGAUUGAGGAGAAGAAGCAGGACCACACGUACCGGCUGUUCAAGACCGUGAACCGCAAAGCUGAUGCUUACCCGUUCGCUGAUGAUUUCUCUGACCUCCAGGGCAAUACGAAGGAAGUGUCCGUUUGGUGCAGCAAUGAUUACCUAGGCAUGAGCCAGCACCCUAGGGUGCUGAAAGCCAUUUCGAAGACUCUUCAUGAUCUUGGAGCUGGGGCAGGAGGAACGAGGAACAUAUCAGGCACCAGCCAGUACCACGUGGACCUGGAGUGUGAGUUGGCAGAUCUGCAUCACAAGGACGCAGCCCUGCUCUUCUCCUCCUGCUUUGUCGCAAAUGACUCCACGCUGUUCACACUGGCAAAAAUGCUCCCAGGCUGUGAGAUUUACUCUGAUGCUGGCAAUCAUGCUUCUAUGAUCCAGGGCAUACGAAACAGCGGGGUCACAAAAUACGUCUUCCGCCAUAAUGAUCCUGAACAUCUUGAAGAACUGCUCCGCGGGUCAGACCCUAAGACACCCAAGAUUGUUGCAUUUGAGACCGUCCACUCUAUGGAUGGAGCCAUAUGCCCCCUGGAGGAGAUGUGUGACGUUGCACACAAAUAUGGAGCCCUGACAUUUGUGGACGAGGUUCAUGCAGUGGGGCUGUAUGGGGUGCGAGGGGCAGGAGUAGGAGAGAGAGAUGGGGUCAUGCACAAGAUGGACAUUAUCUCAGGAACACUCGGGAAGGCAUUCGGCUGUGUUGGUGGCUACGUGGCCAGCACGGCUGCUCUCAUUGACACAGUGCGUUCUUACGCCGCUGGGUUCAUUUUCACUACUUCCCUGCCUCCGAUGCUGCUGGCUGGAGCCUUAGAAUCCGUGCGGGUCCUGAAAAGCGAGGAAGGGCAGGCUCUCCGCCGUGCCCAUCAGCGUAACGUCAAGCACAUGCGCCAAUUGCUGAUGGAUGCUGGGCUGCCCGUCAUCAACUGCCCUAGCCACAUCAUCCCCAUACGGGUUGGCAAUGCCGCACUAAACAACAAAAUCUGUGACACCCUCCUCUCCGACUACAACAUCUACGUCCAGGCCAUCAAUUACCCAACCGUUCCCCGUGGGGAAGAGUUGCUGAGGCUGGCUCCCUCCCCCCACCAUGCUCCAACCAUGAUGAACUAUUUUGUGGAGAGCCUGGUGCAAACAUGGAAGGAAACUGGGAUGCCCUUACAGUCACCAUCGGCUGCCGAGUGCAACUUCUGCCACCGCCCGCUGCACUUUGACCUGAUGAGCGAGUGGGAGCGCACCUACUUUGGGAACAUGGAGCCACAAUACAUCACUAUGUACGCCUAACCCUGCAUAGAGUGCCUUAUCACACCCAGAUCAGAUCGAUCAAUUGCCACAGACCAAGCCGGGUGAUCACUCAACUAGUUAUGUCUCCUUUAUCUUGUAUGUGCACUGGAAUCCCUGAGAACCUGGUACUGUGUCCACAUAUACUGGGAAGCCCGAUCCCUUCCGUCAGCCUCAGCGAGCAUGCCAUAUUCCCAGAUCAGCCUGAAUUAUCCGCUCUAGAUAACCCUGUCUGCCCUAUCAUUAGCAACUAAUAUAUUCUUACAUCCAGCAUCAAAUACUAAUUUAUUGAAAGUAUUUUUUUCUGAGUGCUUGCUUACUAUAAAUAAUGUAAACAGGCAAUAUAUUAAACAGGCAAUAUAUUAAAAUACUGCUGUACAAAAUCAGAGUUUUCAGGCGCAGAAACCCACUGAUUCCACAUACACUGACGACCUAAUGGGUUUUCUCCAGACGCGAACCCCCGUUUUUGCCGUUUUCUUGCUGACUUAACCUCGCAGCUCCAUGGAGUUCGUUCCACCAGCGGGUAAUCCUCAUUAACGGAGUUCCUACCCCCCCUAAGCCUAACGCUGCAUGGCACAGGUCAUUCAUAUCAGACCUGUCUUCUGCCUUUUUACUCUAGAUUGUGGGAACAUUUCCUCAAUUUUGCACCUUAGUUCUAAUGAAGUGUUCUAGAUCCUAAGGGGUAAAUUUACUGAAGUGCAGGUUUACAGAAGUGGAGUUUUUCCCAUUGCAACCAGAUUUACAUACCAUUUAUCUAGCACCUUCUAGAAGAUAAUAGCUACAUUCUGACUGGUCGCUAAGAACAACAUCUCCACUUCUGUAAAACCGCACUGUAGUAAAUAUAACCCUUAAGAUUAGUGUUUUGCCGCAGCUAAGUCACAAAGUCCGUAGCGCACUAAACGGGGCUAUGUGGCUGGAUUUGAGGACUGGCGUAUGUUGCAGAUUGAUCGUCUGUGUCCAAGCUGGUGGUGUGAUCACCCAUGAAGAAAACUGACAAUAAUAAAGUAUUAUGCAAGGA